CAGCAGCAGGUGAUAUAGCCUGGCUUCAGCCUCUUUGCCAUUCACAUUUACACACCCGCCGCCGUGUGGGAGGGACGGCUUCUUCCUCUUUGCAUAGUACUCAACGUUGUUGUUGCAGUGGUAACAGUCUAUUUCCUGCUGACCAUCUUAAGUAAACUUUGGAGCAGUGACGUUCACGCUAUGUGUUAGUGGACAGUGAGGGAGGCAGUGCGUUGACGGGCGGUGUGUGUUGCUGCUGCAGGUGUCGGUGCCCUGCCCUAAGUAAUCAUGACGGUGGUUGCUCCCGCGCCGCGUCCCAACUCACUCCUGCCGCGGGCUCCGGCACCUUGGCGCCCGGCGGCCGCUGCGGCGCUGGGCUUGCCCGCAGCCGUCCAGAGCCUUCUGCAGCAGCUUGGUGGGACAUUCCACACCUACCAUCCCUUCCGCCGUGCUAGGAACGAAGGCGAGCCUGACAACAACAUUCCCCGCAGCCCUGCGCCCUUGCUGCUGCUUACUCGCAACACGCUGGUGGCAUCUUUUGGGUUGCGCAAGUUGCGCCGACUUUUAUUGUGGGCGGGAGCACCGCGGGCGGUGUCUCGUCUGGUGUCAACAGUUGCAGCUAGUGAGUGUGAGUCCCUAGGGGCGGCGCCCCUAACUGAUGUAUUCGCUCAGCCCUUCUUCCAUCGCGCUGUCACGUGGCGAGUCACUUGCUGCCUGGACCGCCAACCCUACCUCACCACAUACGCCGCCACCUCCGCCAUCCAUGGCUACUGCGUCCCUUGGGGUGGAUGGCACUGGUUGGGCUGGUCUGCGGAUGCGUGGUUCUGGGUGGACCAUCAGCACGUCAUGAGUGUCUGGGGUGUUGUAUACGAUGAUGUGACAGGGAAUGCCUUCUAUCUUCUGGACACACCCAUUGCCACGCUCGACCAAAUCCAGAGGCGCCUGACUGCCUGCGGGUCAUCAGUGCCCGAGGAGCUGGUGUGGACGGUGGUGUACCAGGUGGGCGCCGCGCUGCUCCACAUGCUACGGGCCGGCCUCCCAUACACCCCGCUGGCCCUCGACAAUGUCUUCCUCCUCAGGGACAGAAUUGCUCUCGAGAAUAUGCUCUCCAGAAAACACAGGAUGACCGGCUGCGGUUGCGAGACGUGGCGAGGAUCCUCGGGCCACCAGCGAGCCACUGCCAGCGGCUCCUCGGAACGUUGCUUUGUGCACCACGUGGGCCAGGUGAUAUUUGCCUUACUCACCUGCCACCUGAGGUCUCAGCCUGAAGGCAACCUGCCUCCCUGCAGUCCUGUGAACACUCUUCGCUCUCUCAAGCACCUCUACUCUCCUAGUCUACUGCGUCUGCUGUCCCGGACGCUGGCUGGGGGCGUCAGCAUGGCUUGGGGAGUGAUGGGCGGCUGUGGAGAGGGACGGGUUGCGGUGCGAGCCUUUCAGUGGGAAACGCAGUGGGAACAGUUGGAUCCUUGCCCAGAGGCCGAGUGGCCUUUGUCUGACUCUGAGGCUUUCUUUCUAAAGCCCUCCCCUGAGUCCCUGCCGAGUGAGGAUCCCUCCAGCAUCACAGUCAGUCACCACCAGGCGUCCGUACCACUGAGAGAUGAUGCCCCACCUGUCAGCCUACAGCAACAGCAGCAGCAGCAGCAGCAGCAGGAACACGAGGAAUUGUGGGGAUACUCACCUAGGGGUAGCGAGGGUAACUCCCCGAUGCCAGAUUUCCUGCGUGACAGCUCACCUGUGCAAUUAGCGCAGGUGGUGAUGAUGGCAGCAGAGCGUGUAGUAGCUCUGAGGGGCGGCGGCAGCCUGGCGGAGGCGGUGCGCACUUCUCCUCACCGUCUCAUCCAGCACGUCAUGACGGCACAGAAGAAACAUCUAAAAACCAAAUAGUCCCUCAGGCUUAGCGAGGCGGGAAGCAGCCACUGGCCACCCCGGAACAAUGAUCCCGUCCCUGUCCCUUUCCAGGGACGCCCUUCACAAACACUGGAUUAUAUGGGAAACCCCGGGAAGUUGUAGCCACUGUCUUUGCAAUGAGUAUGAUAAAACAUUGAAAUUUUGUGGUAUUAUAAGUAAUUUUUGAAACUAUCUUUCGAUCAUAUAAUUUACAUGGUGGCUGAAUGAGUAGCUCUGUUGGGUGUCGACAGCGAUACGUUGGCAGCCAUUGUUCUAAUCGCAACGUUAGCACGUGUCUAGACUCUAGAGGAUGGACAUCCGGCACAAACAAUAUGCUUCCAACCCUGCACUAUCGCACCAGCCUCCCUAACUGUCAUGUACGUACGCAGCUGCUUUUGCUCAUAUCGGAAACCAUUUUAUCAGUAUUUGUUAUUCUACAACGCCCAUCCCCAGGAUGGACUGCUGACAGAGUAUUAAUCUUCUCUUCUAUAUAAUGAAAAUAAUUUGUUUUUCAGUAUUUGUACAAAUCAUUCUUCUUUGUUAAGUCAUUCUUCACCAGUCUGUCGCGGGGGUAAACAGCCUAGUCAAUAACACCUCUUAGAGCAGCAAUUUAGUGGCCGUCAUUAGCGACGCGGCGCAGCACUAACUCAAACAUCACAAGCUGUGCUGUGCUGUUGGGAUUUACUUAGGGGAGGAAAAAUGAUCAUCCGUCCAAGGUGGGAAAACUUUAUUUGCACUUCCCGGUGUGCUGUCUUCCCACACUGAAGGCACACACUUUGCUAUGCAGCGUCACACAAUGGCACCAGCUGGCAGUCUCAGAUGUUCCUGCUGAUCUUGUCUCAAUCUUCCACCGGAAAAGAAAUAAAGUUUCGUCAAGCCAGCACACCGUAUAGUGCAUAUACCCACCCACUGUUAGAUAUACGAGUAGCAUGUGAAAGGACCAACGGUGCCCCCAAGACCCGCUCCUGUCUCCCUCCCAGAGCAACACACUAUCCUCAAUCCUGCCACUGCUGACCAGUGAGUAGGAGUGGUUCGGGGAUCACCUCAAGGUCACAUAGAUAGCGCAUCGCUGCCCCCACAAUCACCUCCUGAGUGACCACGGGAGGAACUUUCUGUUUUAAGUUCAUCGUGUGUAAAAUGUAAGACCUAUUUUUUGUACUUUUAUGAAUUGUGCUUAGUAGUACUAACAUUCGAAAGAACAUUUUUGUUCCUUUCUUUUUUCAUCGCUUCGUCUCUCUUCUUCCGAGAGUGAUCGAAAUAAUUAUGUUCUGUGAUUUAAGUUAAGGUGGUGAGUGUAAUAACACGAGCUGUGGUGUCUGGACGAGUUCAGAUCUCUGCCCCUGUCGCCCGUCUCUCCUCGCUCGGGCAAACUCGGCACGUAUUUGUAUUUACGUCCGCAGAAUCUCAUUUUGGUCCUUUCCUGUAGUGAUCCUGUAUAGUCCCGCCGUCGUUGUGUGGACGCUUAGAAUCCAAAUAUCUAGUUUAGAAAUACUAUUUAUUUUUAGAUUACGUGUGAUUUUUUUGUACCCAAAACUUUUGUCAAGCUUUACAGAUUUUACACAUUUUAUACGUGGAAUAGACGUGAUACAGGGACAACUACUAAUGUUCCUAUGUCAUUCACGCUUCAUUAAGGGAAUUUGAAUGUCUUCAUGACGGAUUACCUAUAACUACAUUAGUACCAUGCACGGUGAUCAAGUUACUGAGAUGUGUUUGUAUACCUGACAAAUACUUCACUGCUGUGAGAAAUACUCGUACUCAUAAACAUGCUAAUGCUUUA